AUGUCAUCCAAAGCAUUACCUCGUAGCGUGACGCCGGUAGCAAGGCCCCAGCAGAUUAACGAAAAUCAGCUUCAGGCCAGCUGUCCCUUGGCAUCGGAAUACUCUCUGAGUGAUAUCAUCAGCUGGGAGCUACCGAGAGGCAGAAUACUCUUGGGCCAAGCGGCGUCUGUUAUCAAUGUUUCUGCCAAAAACAUAUUUGGUGGUCUUGACGAUAUGAUCUGUACCCUAGAGCAGCACAACUCCAAAUUAUCUUCUGAUCAAGCUUCACAUAAACGACGCUCAAGGCGACAAGCAGGUAUGGACCAGGAAGCUUAUAGCCGAAAUGCAUAA